GGGUCAGCCUGCUUCUGCAGGCACUGCAGGCACGUCUUCCAUGCCAGAUCUAGGUGAUGUCUAGUUCCUGCUGUCGGGUAUAAGCUCACCAGCUACAGCCAAUGGCAGGCGCACUCAUUCAGAUGCAUUCUGUCGAUCGAUCGGUUGUUCCUUUCAACUGGGUAGCCUUGACUGGUGCUCUCGCUUUAUCUUUUUUUUUUUUUUUUCUUUUUUGCUACUUGGGCCACAAUACCCUUGCUCACUUAGACAAUUCAAUGCUCGCCUUCCCAACUGAUCUUAUACCAGCUUACAUCUUGCCGCUCGCGAGCAAGCCUAAAUCUAGCUGCCUACUACAGCGCAAAAUAAUUGGGUCACGAAUCAGUGAUUACGUUACCGUAUAGCCACGAAGGCGUUCCAUAUCCCCGGACAGAUGAGACGAAACCAUUAUUGGAGAUCUCUGUAUUCUCCAAUAGCUUCUCUGGCUAA